ACAUCCCACCACUGAAGUCAACUAUGAUGAAAAUGCUGCUGUUUGUAGCGUGCUUAAGUCUGCUUAUUUCAAGUGGAAAAACAAGUAAGAGGCAAGUGGAUUGCAAGCCAGGAGUACCACUAUACCGCAGCGUUUUUGAACCAGACAGAUUCACCAUGGUCUCGGACGAAGGCGGCCAAGAAAUUGCACUUGGGCCUCGAGCAGAAACGUGGACCUACACCACAGACUUCGAUGACGACUGCGAUAUUGACAUUUUGGCCGGCAACGGGGGAUAUGUGUAUUUGCUGGAAAAUACUGGCGACUCGAGCAAUGGCCGAUUUGCAGCUCCCCGAAAGUUGACUACCGCCGACGGCACUGUCAUAGAUAAGGGUUAUUGGAGUGGCUCACCGGUAUUCAAGGACAUGAACGGAGACGGCCUAAAAGAUCUGCUUCUUUCUGAAUGGGCUGGUGACCUCACCCUCAUCUCUCUUUUCAUCAACACUGGGACAUCAAAACAACCUACGUUUUCUGCCCCUAAAGUUUUAAUUAACAAUAACGCUGGCGGUGUUCGUUUUGAUGCAGCUGAUUGGAACAACGACGGCCUGAAUGAUCUGGUGGUUGGGCCCGACAGGCAACCGUUUGCCUACUACCCAAAUGAAGGUACAGCCUCAAGUCCCAUUUUCAGCAGUUCAGCUACAAACAUCCAGGAUGGUUACACCACAAUUACUCAACACUAUCCUCGAGUUGUUGAUUGGAGGGGUGACGGGAAAGAAUAUAUUUUAUACAGCGGUUAUUAUCCGAGCAGCGGCGUCCAUAUUUGGACAAAAGAUCCAAAAACAGGAAAAGAAGAAGAUGCCGUUCUGUUAGGCAGUGACGCACAAAUUGGGAACAAAGUUGGGUACAGACUUUCAUCCAACAUGGCUGAUUUCAACGGUGAUGGUCUAACUGACUUACUUAUUUCUGGUAAAUUGGCCAAACUCGUUAUAUUUUGGGGCAAAGACAUAAACCAGGUGACCCAGCACCACGUUGAUGGAAUUGCCGCCAUACUGAGCCAGCACAUCACAGACCUUGGAUCAGUGAUGGAGAGCAAUGAUCAGGUAUGUGAGAAGUUGCAAUUACACCAGGAUGCUUUGUUGAAGAUCGCCAACUUGCCUAUGCCAGAGUCGUUCAAGGAAUAUUUUUUCAACACACUCGCAGCUCUGGUGCAAAAAUACCCACAAUACUUGAGCAGACAACGUUUUUCUUCCACAUACCUAGCCCAUUUCUCCUUCUAUACCUGGAUAAUAAUGUUGGAAGGAAGGGACGACACGAGAAGUAAUCGACUCGGGUUGGCUGAAGUGAGUAAUCACACAGGAAGUUUAAAGGACGUUCUUGUUGAGAGGGGAGUUAUGUUGAUAGACAAUGACCAAUCUUCAGAACUAGCCAAUCGCCUGUUGAGAGAUUAUGUUUUGUCCCUGCGAACUGAAUACUUCUGGAUUGAGCGCAUAAGUAAGCAAUGUGCUCUAAGCGGCAUUGACGGGAGCAGAUAUACCUACAGGCAGGUGCGAAAGGGCGGAGUAAACGUAUUCUGUAACGAUGAGCACAGCUCGACGAGAAAACACAUCUUACCUGGUUGUAAGGUAUGUAAAACGCAUGGCAAUCCGGUGGGAAACGGUCUUGUUUCUGUUGUUGCUCACGAAAUUGGUCACAACUUCGUAGAAUACCCUGGGGUGAAUGCGAAGAGGUUCUUGUUGAUGAAAAGAGCCUUACAAGGUAGUCCGGAUAUUUUCUGGCAGGAUAACAAUCGCUACGACUCUACGAAAACGCAGGAACAUUUUGCAAGCAAAGGUUGGUUUAAUCCCGGUUCCGAUAAUUGGAACUCGAUUUUACAUGCCUAUUUCAAUGGACAGUUCAUUCCUGAAGCUGCUCAGUACCAAUAUCAGAUCAUCACUAAUGCUAACCCAGGCUACGUUGGGCUUACUCAUCCCCAGGAAUUCUUCGCUUCAAUCGCCCAAUGCUUCUCUAUGGACUCCAAGAUGCUGAUGGACAUUGCUGUCGAACGUUUUCUUAGUACGCCAUCAUACAAAGAGUCCAUAAAUCAAAUCUUGUUCUUGGUUGAGUACUACUCUCUCGGUGGAGGCACUUCACGAUUUUGGAUGCAUACCCAUUCAGGUAACAUAUAUUAUUAUGAAGUUACCCUCGAAAGAAAUCCCAAGGAUCACAUCGUCGCGGUGAGUGUCCCCAAAGAUGUCGCGAGGAAAGUUGACAACCCCAAUGAAGCAUAUUUGGUGGAUUUGCCGAGUCCACAUGUGUAUCGGUUCCAGGUUGAUGGCGAUGGGUUUGUUACCGCCAUUGAGGAGUACCCGGCAUAUAUCAAUCCAUAG